CCCGGCACCGCCCCCGGCGGCUGGUGGCAGAGGAGGAGCCGGCGCCAUGGCGGUUCUGCUGGAGACCACUCUGGGCGACGUCGUCAUCGACCUGUACACCGAGGAGCGGCCGCGCGCCUGUUUGAAUUUCUUGAAGUUGUGCAAAAUAAAAUAUUACAAUUAUUGCCUUAUUCACAAUGUACAGAGGGAUUUUAUCAUACAAACUGGUGAUCCUACAGGCACUGGUCGUGGAGGAGAGUCUAUUUUUGGUCAACUGUACGGUGAUCAAGCAAGCUUUUUUGAGGCGGAAAAAGUGCCAAGAAUUAAACACAAGAAGAAAGGCACUGUGUCCAUGGUGAACAAUGGCAGUGAUCAGCAUGGAUCUCAGUUCCUUAUUACUACAGGAGAAAAUCUAGAUUACCUUGAUGGUGUUCAUACAGUGUUUGGCGAGGUGACGGAAGGCAUGGACAUAGUUAAGAAAAUUAAUGAGACCUUUGUUGACAAGGACUUUGUACCAUAUCAAGAUAUCAGGAUAAAUCAUACAGUGAUUUUAGAUGAUCCAUUUGAUGACCCUCCUGAUUUAUUAAUUCCUGAUCGAUCACCAGAACCCACAAGGGAACAAUUAGAUAGUGGCCGAAUAGGAGCAGAUGAAGAAAUUGAUGAUUUUAAAGGAAGAUCAGCUGAAGAAGUAGAAGAAAUAAAGGCAGAAAAAGAAGCCAAAACUCAAGCUAUUCUUCUAGAGAUGGUGGGAGACCUACCUGAUGCAGAUAUUAAACCUCCAGAAAAUGUGCUGUUUGUUUGUAAAUUGAAUCCAGUGACCACAGAUGAGGAUCUGGAAAUAAUAUUCUCAAGAUUUGGGCCAAUAAGAAGUUGUGAGGUUAUCCGGGAUUGGAAGACAGGAGAGUCCCUCUGUUAUGCUUUUAUUGAAUUUGAAAAGGAAGAAGAUUGUGAGAAAGCGUUCUUUAAAAUGGACAAUGUACUUAUAGAUGACAGAAGAAUACACGUGGAUUUUAGCCAGUCUGUUGCAAAGGUUAAGUGGAAAGGAAAGGGUGGGAAAUACACCAAGAGUGAUUUCAAGGAGUAUGAAAAGGAACAGGAUAAACGCUCUAAUUUGGUCCUGAAAGAUAAAGUCAAACCCAAACAGGAUGCAAAAUACGAUCUAAUCCUAGAUGAGGAGGCAGAAGACUCAAAGUCCAGUCACUCACACACCAGUAAAAAACACAAGAAGAAAACCCGGCACUGCUCUGAAGAGAAGGAAGAUGAGGACUACAUGCCGGUCAAAAAUACUAACCAGGAUAUCUACAGGGAGAUGGGGUUUGGUCACUAUGAAGAAGAAGAAAGCUGUUGGGAGAAACAGAAGAGUGAAAAGAGAGACCGACCUCAGAACCGAAGUCGCAGCCGAUCUCGAGAAAGGGAUGGCCACUAUAGUAAUAGUCACAAGUCCAAAUACCACACUGAUUCUUACGAAAGAGAAAGGAGUAAAAAGAGAGACCGAAGUAGAAGUCCAAAGAAAUCUAAAGAAAAAUCUAAGUACAGAUGAAAGCAUGAGUGGCUACUGUAGAGUGCCAGAAAAGCAGGUGUUCAGAUUGUGUCACAGCAGUUAGAAAGACUCCACUUGUCAUUAAUGCUGGUUCCACAGGGCAGUGAGGGUAACAAAUUGGCCAGGGUUUUUUUUUUUUACAUUAAUUUUAUUGCUAUACAUAAAUGUCCAUCUUCAUUUUUAAAGUCCUUCACAUUUUCAGUCUUUUUAAAAAUUAAGUAUUUCAAACUGCAGAAAUACACAGCCAUGUAUAUAUGAGGCAUAAGGAAUAAUAAAUGUAAAUAUCUGUGUAGCCAUCAGCCAGCUUAAGAAAUGAACCAACACCUACACGUUAGAAGUCCUCUGUGUGUCCUCCCUCUUCAGUAAUUGUUACUCUGAGAUUUGUCAGUCUUGCUAGUUGUUAUAGUUUCACAAUGUAUGUUUGUAUCCCUAAAUGUAAUGUUAAUUUUUGUAUGUUUUUGAAUUUUAUAUAAAUGGCUUAAUGUAUA